AGGGUAGUUCUCUAGGAACAGGGUUGGAGAGCCCUGAGAUAGACACUGAAUAUCCUGAGCAGUUGAUCUCUUCUGUCUGUGUGUGUGUGUGUGUGUGUGUGUGUGUGUGUGUGUGUGUGUGUGUGUGUGUGUGUGUGUGUGUGUGUGUGUGUGUGUGUGUGUGUGUGUGUGUGUGUGUGUGUGUGUGUGUGUGCGUGUGCGUGCGCGUGCGUGUGUGGUUAGUGAACAUCAAUGCAUUGCCUUACAAGGCCACAGGGCUGUUGGUGUGGCUGAGUGACUGCAUUAGUGAGAAAGUGAGUGUGUGUGUGUAUUUAUAGCCCAUUGAAAAAGAAAAGAGACCCCUGUCCCCUCCUACCCCUCUCCUCACCCACUCCCCAAUUAGUCGUCUAUUGGUGGGGUAAUCCAAUCAGGAGUGACUACAGCUCGCCCUCCGUCGCCCGUCUCAGUCUGAGCAGACUCCUCAAAGGCACACACCCUCCACAGACAGAAAGGUUAGCGGGGUGGGAUUCCCGGUGCCAAGAUGACGGAGCGCUAUGAUUGCCACUACUGUAAGGAAUCCCUGUUUGGUAAGAAGUACGUCCUGAGAGAGGAGAACCCAUACUGUGUCAAAUGCUAUGAGAGCCUGUACUCCAAUACCUGUGAGGACUGCAAGAAACCCAUCGGCUGCAAUACCAGGGACCUGUCCUACAAGGACCGCCACUGGCACGAGGAGUGUUUCCAGUGCUUCCAGUGUAAACGCUCUCUGGUGGACAAGCCCUUCUCCACCAAGGAUGACCAGCUACUCUGCACUGAGUGCUACUCCAAUGAGUACUCCUCCAAGUGCCACGAGUGCAAGAAGACCAUCAUGCCUGGCUCCAGGAAGAUGGAGCAUAAGGGUAACAGCUGGCAUGAGACUUGCUUCACCUGCCAGCGUUGCCAGCAGCCCAUCGGCACCAAGAGCUUCAUCCCCAAGGAGAACCAAAACUUCUGUGUGCCCUGCUACGAGAAACAGUUUGCCAUGCAGUGUGUGCAUUGCAAGAAACCAAUCACUACUGGUGGGGUGACCUAUCGCGACCAGCCCUGGCAUAAGGACUGCUUCCUGUGCACCGGCUGCAAGCAGCAGCUGUCAGGCCAGCGGUUCACCUCCCGUGAUGACUUUGCGUACUGCCUCAACUGUUUCUGCAACCUGUACGCUAAGAAGUGUGCCUCCUGCACCACUCCAAUCAGCGGUCUGGGUGGCAGUAAGUACAUCUCCUUUGAAGAGCGUCAGUGGCACCAUGACUGCUUCAACUGUACGAAGUGCUCCGUCUCCCUGGUGGGCCGGGGUUUCCUCACCGAGCGUGACGACAUCCUGUGCCCUGAGUGUGGCAAAGACAUUUGAUUGGCAGGCAGCGAGGGGCCGACGAAUCUGAUUGGAUAGCAAUGAAACAACCAGGAGGAAUGUUUUAAAAUAAUACAUUUGAAAAAAUCAGCCAGGAACUGUAGCAAUUAGUCCCAACAACAACCUGUCAGAGCACAACUGGAAAUAUAUAUAGAUAUAGCACAAUAUACUAUCAGGCUACUAACCCAAUAUGCUAUUUGAGUUCUAAAAUAGACGUUUGACAAACAUAGGUUUUUGUGUCAUUGGUCUUUGAUGUGUUGGUGUGCAACAGCAAAUAUUGCUUUCUGUGAACCCUGGCUUGAUAUCCAAUAUCAGUUUGAGGUAUUGCGCAAGAAUAUCUGCUGUCCUAAUCUAUUAUAUGCUGUUAAGAUUCACAUAUUCAGAGUUGAUGUAUUUAGAAAGGAAAGUCCACCCAAAUUACACAAUUACUGCAGUCUAUGGAAACAAAUAUGUAAUUCUGUCAUUUGGGUGAACUAUCACUUUACGUUUUGAAAGGCUAUUUUGUGGUGUGUAUGAAGGAGAACAAGUUUCUAAGUAAAUUAGUUUCUAAGUAAAUGUAAACUAACACAAAGGACCAGGUUUACCGGGUAAAGUUUGUAAUGUUAUUCAGAUGGGAAUAAAACAUAAAAGCUACAACUAAAGAAAAAUACUAAAUGUUAAUAACAGAUGUGUAAAUAUUGACAGUUUGAUAAGCUCAAUUUAUCAUGCCCAAUAAAUAGCAAGUAUACAUUUAAGGCUGGUGGAAAUGCCUGGUAACACUGACUCUAAGUGCUUAUAAACGUGAGAGCCGACACAGCACUGUCUGUAUAAGUCAUUUUCCAAGGGCACCGAUGAAAAGUCUGUAUUUGAAAUCCAAAUAAAGAACUACAAAAAGACC